CAAGAGGAAUUAAAUAACGUGUGGCUUCUAAAAUAAUUCAGUGAAGUUUUGGUACUACGUUAUUGCGAUUUUGAAAUUAGAAAAACGUUUAGCCAUGCGGCGAAGCAAAGCCGAAGUGGACCGGUAUAUUUCCUCAGUACAAAAUUCGUCUCCUUCACUGAAAGAGAGACCAAUAAAAGGAUUUUUAUUUGCUAAAUUGUAUUCUGAAGCAAAGGAGUAUGAACUUGCUAAAAGACAUGUAUCAGAAUACCUCAAGGUGCAGGAGAGGGAUCCCAAGGCACAUAAGUUCCUUGGUCAGCUCUAUGAAAGAGAGGGAGAUAUCAACAAGGCAGUGGGAUGCUAUAAGAGGUCGGUGGACAUGAACCCAGCUCAGAAGGACCUCGUUUUGAAGGUGGCUGAGCUACUGUGCAGUAAAGCGGAGGAUGACAGCAGGGCGGAGUUUUGGGUAGAGAAGGCUAGCAAAAUGUUACCCGGCAACCCUGCAGUCUUCAACCUGAAGGAGCGCUUGUUGAGCCGUCGGGGGCAGCAGGGCUGGAACCAGCUGUUUGACCUGCUCCAGGCAGAGUUGGCGGUGCGGCCGUCGGACGCUCAUGUGAACAUGAAGCUGGUUCAGCUGUACACCUCAGACGGCAGACAGGAAGAGGCUGUCCGACACUGCCUCAGCACAGAGAAGAAAGGCCUUCUCAGACACAACCUGGACUGGUACACUACUGUGGUGCACACUCUGCAGGAGUACCUUUACCAACCGAGUGUGAUGUCCAACGAGAAGAUGUGUAGGCAGCUACAGAAAGAACUGCUAUUGGCCCACAGUAACCUGCUGAGACUCACACUGUCUGGGAAAGGAGUGCAGCCGAGUGUGGAUGCCCUGAGAAGUUUUGACUGUGCCAUGCAGGCCCUGAAUAAGACAACGGGCGGUGGGACAGACGAGCUGAGUGAGAUGUUUGCAGAAAUGAGGGGGCAUCUUUACCUGCAUGCUGGCACUCUACUGCUGAAGAUGGCACAGGAGAGACUGCAACAGUGGAGGACUGUGGUCGAUCUGGCUGGACUGUGCUACCUACUAGCGUAUCAGGUCCCCAGACCAAAGGCCAGGGUGUCGAAAGGUGACCAGUCUGUCCCUUCGCCCCUCGAGCUUCUUUCCAACGAGAGGCAGAGCCAAUCAGGACACAUGCUGCUCAACCUCAGUACUGACACGCACACGUUUGUCAGAGAGGUGGUGGAGACGUUUGGGAACCGCAGUGGGCAGGGCUGUCUGUUUGAGCUGCUGUUUGGCCCCCAGGCUCCUGCCGGGGCGUCCUUCAUUGGCAACGAUGACAUCCGCUCCAUCAACACCCAGGGCCCAGACUUGGCAGACCUAGAGAAAUGGGACAAGGAAUCCAUCCUGCUGCAUGGCGGGGACCUGCAGCAGUUGUGCUGGCUGGGCCUGCAGUGGUCUUUCCUGGGCCAGAGCCCGCCCCUUGGGCCCUGGCUUAGGCAGCUGUUCCCAAGACUCACCCUGGAGACUUCCAAACUGGACACCAACACGCCUGAGUCCAUCUGCCUGCUGGACCUGGAGGUGUUCCUUUGCGGUGUGGUGUUCUGCAGUCACACCCAGUUGCAGGAGAGCGCCAGGAUAAGCUCUUCAGGCCAGCAGCAGCUGCUCAAAGAGCCUCGCUGUCUACCCCCACCCCUCCUCCUCCUGCUCUCCACAGACAGGCAGAGGGAAUGGUGGGACGCAGUCUACAGCCUCAUCCACCAGCAAGCCGCGCCUGGUAUGUCAGCCAAACUGAGGGUGAUUGUGCAGCAUGGCCUGAGCACCCUGAGAGCUGGAGAGAAACACGGUCUUCAACCAGCCCUGCCCAUACACUGGGCUCAGCACCUCAGCCAGACGGGCGUCGGGGUGAACUCCUACUAUGAGCAGAACGAGUACAUAGGACGCAGUGUCCACUACUGGCACGUGGUGCUCCCACUGCUGGACAAGAUCAAGCGGAGACGCAGCAUCCCUGAGCCCCUGCAGCCUCUCUUCAUGCACUUCCCCUCCAGGGACAUACAGAUCUCAGCAGUUAAGAGCUAUGAGGAAGAGGCCAGGAUAGCGUUUGCCACGCACCUGGACAUUGAGGGUAAAACGGAGGAGGCCGUCGCUAGUCUGGAGAGCAUCAAUAACAUCUCGUCCAACUGGCACCUGGCUCAGAUCUUCCAACGCCUGUCGGAAGAGGCUGGUAAUGGAGUAGAGGAGACCCAGGAUAGGUGCAUCACGUACCUCAGGAAGUUCAAGACCUACCUAUCCAAGAUCUACAACGCCAAUGCAGAUGACAUGGAUAAGCUGCCAGUUUCGAUGGAGGAGGUGAUGGAUCUCCUGAACGAUGUGAACCAACAGCUGCGGGACAGUGGGGAGGCCAUGGGUGAAGAGGACAUGAAUGGAUUUCCAGCCCUCUCCAGUCCCAGUCAGUUCACAGAGACGGUUGCCACCAUCUCUCACACCAAGUUGUCACCCUCCCCCAGCAAAGGCAUCGUGUCACCUUCUAAGAGACACCUGAUAUCACCAAAGGCACCACCCCCUUGGGUAGAAGACCAGAAGGCUCUCAUGCAGAAGCUCUGUCAACAGGUGGAGGCUCUCAAGAAUGAAGUCCAUGACCUGAAGCUCAACUCGUCAGAGAACGUUGCCUCGCCUCACCACAGGAUGUAUGGGGACAGUUACGGGGCCGAGGGCCUGCAGGAGAACUACCCACCAGCACAGACCUUCCAUGGGGCCCCCCUCACUGUUUCCACAACAGGCCCCUCUGUGUACUAUAACCAGUCACCAGCUUAUAACUCCCAAUAUCUUCUCCGCACUGCAGCCAAUGUUACCCCAACUAAGGCUCCAAUGUAUGGGAUUAACUGUCUGCCACCACAACAGCGCAUGUAUACGUACCAGCAGCCUACUCACACGCCACCCCUGCAGACUACUCCAGCCUGCAUCUAUCCUCCCCAAGACCAAGUCUUUGGCGCGCCGCUCCGCUUCGAGUCACCAGCAACCAGUCUACUAUCACCUUACAGUGAAGAGUAUUAUGGCCAUGGAGUCACUCAGCCCACCACCAACCCUCCCCUCCCUGAGCCUGGAUACUUUACAAAACCCUCUGCCGUUCCUCCACAACCACCAAAGAGCAUUGAGGGGAAGCCCAUGGACUUUGGGAAGAUCUCCUUUGGGCAGCAAGCCCCAGCUGAGACUCCCAAAGUGCCGAGUUUCGGCGCGGGGAUAGUUGCCCAGUCCACCCCCUCUGCCUCAUUCAAGUUCAACUCCAACUUCAAAUCGAACGACGGGGACUUUACCUUUACGUCUCAGGCUAAAAACAGCGAGAGUCUGCUCGGCCUCUUGACAUCGGACUUGCCUGCCAAAACGGAUGCGACUCCAGAGAACAAGCAACCAGCUAUAGAGCAGCCUGGCAGCCAAGGGGGCAUCUUCACCUUUGGCAGUAAAACUACAGCCGGCUUCUCUUUCACAGACGCAGCACAGGCUUCAACUGGCCUGUUUGGGAAAACGGAGCAGCCGUUCAGUUUCACAGACGUCGCCAAGCCUGCGUUUGGGCUGCCCAACGCUGGACAGGAGGAGAAGGCGGCUGAAAGCGACAAUGAAAGCACCCACGCGGAGGAAGACGAGGAUGGCCCACACUUUGAGCCCAUCGUCCCCCUUCCUGAUAAGGUGGAUGUGAAAACGGGGGAGGAAGAGGAGGAGGAGAUGUUCUGCAACAGGGCAAAGCUCUUCCGAUUUGACGCCGACACAAAGGAGUGGAAGGAGAGGGGUCUUGGGAGCUUGAAGAUCCUAAAGCACACCACGUCGGGGAAAGUCCGUCUGCUGAUGAGGAGGGAGCAGGUCUUGAAGAUUUGCGCCAACCAUUACAUCACCGCGGACAUGCUUCUGAAGCCAAACGCCGGAUCUGACAAGUCCUGGGUCUGGAAUGCUGUGGAUUACGCCGAAGAAGUUCCCAAGCCCGAGCAGCUUGCUGUUCGCUUCAAGACCGCUGACGAGGCUACACUCUUCCAAAUAAAGUUUGAGGAAGCCCAGAAGAUCGUGCCUGCAUCUCCUGAAGAGCAUGAUACGUCUGAGAAAAAAGAGGCCUCUCUGAAACCUCCUGCUCCCCAGGCGACGAGUUUGGCAUUCCAGUUUGCGAAGAAAGAUGGCGAAUGGGACUGCAACGUGUGCUGUGUCAGAAAUGCAGCCGCUGCGAUUCAGUGUGUCGCCUGUCAAAGUGCUAACCCAAAUGCUCCAUCCAAGUCAGACAGCAAUAGCGCGAAUGAGGCUAAAGCCUUAACAGGUGGCGUAGCCUCAGUGGGGGGCUUUACUUUUGGAUUUGCAGCUGAUUCAUCAAAAGCCGCUAGCUCAAGCUCCUCUAAAGGAUUCGGAGCCUUUGGAGCUUCCAUUCCCUCUUCUUUCACAUUUGGAACCGGUAGCAGUGCUACACCUUCUGCAUUCGGUGCAGCUAGUAGUAGUAGUGCUACCCCUGCUGCAUUUGUAACAACUGACAGUCGUAGUGCUUUUCCUUCUCUUUUUGGAGCAAGUAGUAGUUCUAUCCCUGCUACUUUUGGAUCCCAGUUUGUCAAAAAACUAGGCCAGUGGGAUUGUGACACAUGUGCUGUGAGAAAUGAGGCCUCCGCAAACAGUUGUGUCUCUUGUCAAACACCAAACCCCUCAGCAAUGCCUCCUGCCUCAGCCCCAACUGCCUCUUUCGGGUCUGGUUUUGGAGCUCAGUUUGUAAAGAAAGCUGGGCAGUGGGACUGUGACACAUGUGCUGUGAGAAAUGAGGCCUCCGCAAACAGUUGUGUCUCAUGUCAAACUCCUAACCCCUCGGUGAAACCAGCUGCUGCAGUUACAUCAACAAAGUCAUCUGCUCAACCCCUUGUGUCUGGUUUUGGAGCUCAGUUUAACAAGAAGGAUGGCCAGUGGGAUUGUGACACGUGUGCUGUGAGAAACGAGACAUCCGCAAACAGUUGUGUCUCAUGUCAAACACCAAACCCCUCAGCAAAACCUCCUGCCUCAGCCCCGACUGCCUCUUUCGGGUCUGGUUUUGGAGCUCAGUUUGUAAAGAAAGUUGGACAGUGGGACUGUGACACGUGUGCUGUGAGAAAUGAGGCCUCUGCAAACAGUUGUGUCUCAUGUCAAACUCUUAACCCCUCGGUGAAACCAGCUGCUGCAGUUACAUCAACAAAGUCAUCUGCUCAACCCCUUGUGUCUGGUUUUGGAGCUCAGUUUAACAAGAAGGAUGGCCAGUGGGAUUGUGACACGUGUGCUGUGAGAAACGAGACAUCCGCAAACAGUUGUGUCUCAUGUCAAACACCAAACCCCUCAGCAAAACCUCCUGCCUCAGCCCCGACUGCCUCUUUCGGGUCUGGUUUUGGAGCUCAGUUUGUAAAGAAAGUUGGGCAGUGGGACUGUGACACGUGUGCUGUGAGAAAUGAGGCCUCUGCAAACAGUUGUGUCUCAUGUCAAACUCCUAACCCCUCGGUGAAACCAGCUGCUGCAGUUACAUCAACAAAGUCAUCUGCUCAACCCCUUGUGUCUGGUUUUGGAGCUCAGUUUAACAAGAAGGAUGGCCAGUGGGAUUGUGACACGUGUGCUGUGAGAAACGAGACAUCCGCAAACAGUUGUGUCUCAUGUCAAACACCAAAACCCUCAGCAAAACCUCCUGCCUCAGCCCCGACUGCCUCUUUCGGGUCUGGUUUUGGAGCUCAGUUUGUAAAGAAAGUUGGGCAGUGGGACUGUGACACGUGUGCUGUGAGAAACGAGGCGUCCGCAAACAGUUGUGUCUCUUGUCAAACUCUCAACCCCUCAAUUAAAAGCACUAAAGUGGCACCAGCACCGUCAAAACUCUCAGCGUCAGGAUUUGGAUCUGCAUCUGGCUUUGGAUCAGCCUUUUCUAAAAAGGAUGGACAGUGGGACUGUGAUGCCUGUCUUGUCAGGAAUGAUGUUUCCGCCUCUCAAUGUGUUUCCUGUCAGACAGCAAACCCCAAUGCAUCCCUGGCGGCCAUGUUUGCUAAGAAGGAAAGCCAGUGGGAUUGUGACGCAUGCCUUGUGAGAAACGAAGCCUCUGCCGGCCAAUGUGUGUCCUGUCAGACGCCAAACCCCAAUGCUAAAAGCACAAUCGCUGCUGCGCCGUCAAGCUCUUCCUUCAGCUUUAGCUUUGGAACCAAGAGUUCCUCCAGUCAACCGGCUGAAACUGGCUUCAAAGCUGCUUUCACUUCCGCCAAUGCUUUUAAGUUUGGUUCAAGCGAAGAUAAAAGCUCCCCUGCUUCCUUCAAGUUUGAGGCUCCUCCUUCAACUGAGGAUAAUCCCCCCACUGCUGCAGGCUUCUCGUUUACCAUGCCCGUCCCAGCCGGUGGUUUCAAAUUUGGCACUCAGGAAACUCCACAGGAAACCCCUCCAGCUGACUCUACGUCACUGGGGUCAGGGUCUGCAUCCAUGUUUUUAAAGAACAUAGCCGAGCAACACCGGGAGAAGGAGAAAGAGUCCGUUGUCCCAAUAUCUGCAUCAGAAACACUUGUAGAUAAGACGGACCAAGAUGACAAUCCCCUCUUCACUGGGAAACCCAACACAUUCACUUUUGCAGACUUGUCAAAAUCGUCACAGGGAGACUUUCAGUUUGGCCAGACUGAUCCAAAUUUCAGAGGCUUCGUGAGAGCGGGUGAGCGGCUGUUCACGUCAGUGCGGCCCGGCCAGAGGCCCGAAAGCUCGGCUGAUCAGGAUGAGGAGGACAUGUACAAAACUGAGGAGAAUGACGACAUCCAGUUUGAGCCGGUUGUCCAGAUGCCAGACAAGGUGGAUCUGGUCACAGGGGAGGAGGAUGAGCAGGCACUUUACUCUCAGCGUGUGAAACUCUUUCGGUUUGACCCCACCACCAGCCAGUGGAAAGAGCGUGGUGUUGGUGUCCUAAAGUUUCUCAAAAACGCAUCUAAUGGCAGGCUGAGGGUUUUGAUGAGACGAGAGCAGGUCCUGAAGGUCUGUGCCAACCACUGGAUCACCACCACUAUGAACCUGAAACCCCUGGCCGGUUCAGAUAAGGCCUGGAUGUGGUUGGCAAACGACUUCUCGGAUGGAGAUGCCAGAUUGGAACAAUUAGCUGCUAAGUUUAAAACCCCGGAGCUUGCAGAAGAGUUCAAGCUCAAGUUUGAAGAGUGUCAGAGGCUGCUGUUGGACAUACCCUUGCAGACCCCUCACAAGCUGGUUGACACAGGAAGAACUGCACACCUCAUUAAGAAAGCUGAGGAGAUGAAGUCUGGAUUAAAAGACCUCAAGUCCUUCCUCACCGAUGACAAAACAAAGAUCAAAGACAAUGCCGGCCAGGCAGGGGACACAACGGCGAGCAACAUCUCCAGUUUAGUCAUCAAACCACAUGCUGAUAGCACAGGCCCUACCUUAGAGUGGGACAAUUAUGACCUGAGGGAAGAGGCUCUGGAUGACAGCGUUGACACGUCCAUCUAUGCUUCUCCAAUAGCAAGCAGCCCCAUCAGGAAGAACCUCUUCCGCUUUGGAGAGCCGACUGCUGGCUUUAGCUUUUGCUUUCAGCCAGUUGUCAGUCCUUCCAAGUCCCCUACCAAGCUAAACCAGAGCGGCGUGUCGGUGGGAACAGACGACGAGAAUGAUGUGACGCAGGAGGAGGAGAGGGACGGACAGUACUUUGAGCCCGUGGUUCCUCUGCCAGAUCUGAUCAACACCUCCACGGGAGAGGAAAACGAGCAGGUGCUGUUCAGCCACCGGGCCAAGCUGUAUCGCUACGACAAAGACCUGAAACAAUGGAAGGAAAGGGGUAUCGGGGAUCUCAAGCUGCUGCAGAAUUAUGACACCAAACGCGUGCGACUGGUUAUGAGGAGAGACCAGGUCCUGAAGAUCUGUGCCAACCAUUGGAUAAACUCAACCAUGAAGCUCGAGCCCAUGAAGGGUGCUGAGAAGGCGUGGGUCUGGAGUGCCAUAGACUUCACUGAAGGGGAGGGCAAGGUGGAGCAGUUAGCAGUGAGGUUUAAACUGCAAGACGUGGCCAACUCCUUCAGAGAUGUCUUUGAUGAGGCCAAGGACGCCCAGGAGAAGGAGAUGCUGGUGACCCCAGUUAUGUCCACGGAGGCCCCACCACAUGAGACAGCCACUGGAACGACCACCCCAUUAUGUGGGAAGGCAGCCAUUUCUGUGCUUGAAGAGACCACCAGGGAACGCACAGAGCUCCCACCUGAGACCUUCCACACCCCAGACAGCAAGUCCUCAACCGCCACACCACACAGCCUCUUCAACCUGUCCAAGACGGUCGUCUCUCCACCCAAGUUUGUCUUUGGCACACACACCCUCCAGAAGAUCUUUGGCAGCCCCACUUCUUCCUCGGAAACGGAGGGUUCUUCAGCAAGCUCCAAGCCUAGGGACAGCGGCCCAGACCCCCCCACCUCUUCUGCAACCCCUGCCUUCAAGAUCCCGGAGAAAGGCUUGGAUUUUAGGCUUUUCAAAGAUAACCCAAUGGCUUUUUGGACCUGCACAUCGUCCACCCAAUCUGAGCCCCCAGUGCCCCCUCAGGACGAGCGCAGUAGCGUCGAGUCUGACCCAGAGGUGGUAUAUGUGAGGGAGCCCACCCUAGAGCAAGCUGCUCUAGCCAGGGAGCUGCUGCUGCCUCUCACGUUCUUCUGCUACCAGAAUGAGCCGGGCUACAUCAGCGAUGACCAGCCUGAUGAUGAGGACUUUGAGACGGCGGUGAAGGCCUUAAAUGGAAUUCUGUAUCCUGAUCCUGUUCAGAGGACAGGCGCAAUCUCAAGCUCCCAGGUAAAGGCCUCCGGGGUGGAUCCAGACUGUGAGGUGGUCUGGGAGAAGAAGCCCACUCCCGAGGAGGAGCAGAUGGCCAAAUGCCUCCUGCUGCCCCCAACCUUCUUCUGCGGGGUGACCAGUGACAGUGAGGCCGACAAAGACAAGCCUGAAGACUUUGAGACAGAGGUCCGCAAAGCCCAGGAUGCUCUGAAUUCCCAGAGGAGCACAGAUGCCACUCUCUCGUCUGAGACUCCAGAUCAGAUGGCUAUCAGUAAGGAGGCUGAGACUUCCACAACAGAGGAACAUAUCCCAGACCAGUCAGCCCAGAUUAAAGCCUCCAGCAGCAGCCCUAUAGACCUGUCCACCAAGAAAACUAAGGAUAACCCUGCAGCACUCACCUUCCCUGCUCCAGCCGUCUCCCCCCCGGCUCCAGCCGUCUCCCCCCCUGCACCAGCCGUCUCCCCCCCGGCUCCAGCCGUCUCCCCCCCUGCACCAGCCGUCUCCCCCCCUGCACCAGCCGUCUCCCCCCCUGCACCAGCCGUCUCCCCCCCUGCACCAGCCGUCUCCCCCCCUGCACCAGCCGUCUCCCCCCCUGCUCCAGCCGUCUCCCCCCCUGCACCAGCCGUCUCCCCCCCUGCUCCAGCCGUCUCCCCCCCUGCUCCAUCCAACUACUCGCCUGCUCCAUCCAACUACUCGCCUGCUGUAGCAGACUCUACCACUGUCAGCACAAACUUCACCGCUACUACUAUUACUCAAGACACUUCAUCCUUUGGCUUUAAGACCGUUGGAGGAGGGUUCUCAUUCGCUGAUCUGGCCCAGAACACUGGGGAAUACGCAUUUGGACAGUCAAAUUCGGACUUCUCGUGGACAGGCGCUGGUGCCACAGUGUUUGGAGCUGCACCACAGCCUAAGAAGGAUGGAGAGGAGGCGGGGAGCGAUGAAGACGAUGUUGCUGAUAAUGCAGACAUUCACUUUGAGCCUAUAGUGUCAUUACCCGAGGUGGAGACCAAGUCAGGAGAGGAGGAUGAGGAAAUUCUGUUUAAGGAGCGCACCAAGCUGUACCGCUGGGAUCGAGACCUGAACCAGUGGAAGGAGCGUGGCGUGGGAGACAUCAAGAUCCUGUACCACCCAGAGAAAAGGUUCUACCGGGUUCUGAUGAGGAGGGAGCAGGUGCUGAGGGUGUGUGCUAACCACACCAUCUCCCUGGCCAUGGACCUCAAACCCAUGAACACCUCCGCCCAAGCGCUGGUCUGGACCGCCACAGAUCAUGCUGAGGGCGAGGGCAAGGUGGAGCAACUGGCUGCCAAGUUUAAAACACCUGAGCUGGCCGAGUCCUUUAGGAAAACCUUCACAGAGUGUCAGAGCCGCAUGGGCCAAUCGGAUUCCUUGGCUAUGAUGUCACCCCAGAUGUCCAGAGCCCAGGAGCACUCCCAAGAGUCCAACCCCCGAGUCUACCUCACAAUCACUGCCGACGACGAGGCCCUAGGAACCGUCAUCAUCGAGCUGUUCUCCCACAUCGUUCCCAAAACGGCAGAGAACUUCCGGAUCCUGUGCACAGGACAGAAGGGCUUCGGGCUCCGCGACUCCAUCUUCCACAGGGUCGUUCCUGACUUCAUGUGCCAAGGUGGAGACAUCACCAGCCAGGAUGGAACUGGAGGCAAAUCAAUCUACGGGGGGAAGUUUGAGGACGAGAACUUUGACGUGCGCCACACAGGUCCAGGCCUGCUCUCUAUGGCCAACCGUGGGCGCGACACCAACAACUCCCAGUUCUUCAUCACCCUGAAGAAGGCCGAACAUCUGGACUUCAAACACGUGGCCUUUGGCUUCGUCCAGGAGGGCAUGGAGACCGUCCGUCAGAUGGGCGAACUGGGCACCAAGACGGGCAAACCCACCAAGAAGAUUGUCAUCACAGAGUGUGGACAGCUGUAGGACGGAUGGCACUGCAGAACUUUACACCUGUAGGACACUUCUGCAGACUUGGGUUCCGUACCCUUUGAUUUGUCCAAAUUGGCACACUAGAUUUGACUGAGAUGUAGGAAGUCACAGAUUUGAGACUACUAAGGAUUUUAAGAUACUUUUGGGUGCAUCUGUUCUGUUACAGAGAUUACAUCUCCUUCUCUUGAGAUUUCUGGCAACAGAUCCAAGACUUGGAUAUAUUUGUGUGUAUAAUGUAUAUGGACUUUUUAACAUGAUUUUCUUUGCAUGUGUUUCACCGAGAGCUGAAAGCGCUGGUUCCUUUGUAUGCAACUUAACUUUGUUUUUGUAUAAUUAAGUCUUAAUUCAAAUUAACAAGGGAACGUUGUUUAAAAGUAAAGUAAAAGAAACCUACUGUUCAUUUUCUUUUAGAUUCAUAUUGUUUUUCUGUAUGCAUUUCAUAAUGUGUAAAUUAUUACGCUAAUACUCCUAUGCUUUCCCUUAACUAUAGAAAUAUCAAGUGCAGUAAGUUUGCAUGACACUUAUGGUUAUUAUAUUCCAUACAGUAUCAUUGGAAGAACGGUGGUUGGUAUGGGAUUAUCUAAGGUUGAAAAAAUUAUUUUGGGGAAAUAAGAUGUUGGAGAAUGUAGGCCUAUGUCUUUGGAAAUAAAGUUGCUUUAUAACU